AUUAUGGUUCUUGAAUAUGCAGAAGGUGGAAAUUUCAAUAAUUAUUUGGAAAAAAAUUACGAAAGGUUUGAUUGGUUUAUUGGGUUAAAAGUAUUAACUAAUAUUAUUGGAGGUCUUAAUAAAAUCCAUGAAAAACAGAUGGUUCAUCAUGAUUUUCAUAUGGGGAAUAUAUUAUUUAUGAAUAAUAAUUUUAAUGCAUGUAUUUCUGACAUGAGUUUGUAUAGAAAAAUUGAUGAUGAUGAUGAAUCAAAUGUUUAUGGAGUUAUACCUUAUGUAGCUCCUGAAGUAUUAAAAGGAAAACCCUACACUCAAGCUGCAGAUAUAUUUAGUUUCGGUAUGAUAAUGUAUGUUGUGGCAACUGGAGGACAACCCUUUGCUGAUUGUGCUCAUGAUGAGGUUUUGGUAUUAAAUAUCUGUAAUGGGAUUAGACCCGAAAUCAAUGAGAAAAUUGCGCCAAAAUGUUAUAUUGAUUUAAUGAAAAAGUGUUGGGAUGGAAAUCCAAAUAAUAGACCAAAUUCUACUGAAAUAAAAGAAAUAAUUGAA